AUGCCACAUCACCAACAUCAGAUCUCCAUCUGCAUUUCGUCUCAAUCAUUAGCUUAUUCACGACAAAGAAUAAUUCUUGCGGAUUUCUCAAGUUUUUCUUUCUUCCCAGCUUCAGGAUACUCCUCUAUCUUUACUCUAUCAUGUCAUGCCCCGGGGACAUUGAAUAUUGGUGAGGAAAAGGACAUCAAUAAUCAAGGUUUGAAGAAGAAACUUCUUAAGGAAGGUGAAAGUUGGGAGACUCGAGAAAAUGGAGAUGAGGUAGAAGUGCAUUAUACUGGAACCUUACUUGACGAGACUCAGUUCGAUUCCAGUCAUGAUAGGGGAACUCCGUUUCAGUUUACUCUAUGUCAAGGUCAAGUAAUUAAAGGUUGGGAUCAUGGAAUCAAAACAAAGAAGAAUGAUGAGAAUGCAAUCUUCAUCAUUCCUGUUGAGCUUGCAUAUGGCGCCUAUGGUUCACCGUUCAUGAGGAAGUACGUUGUGUGA